UCGAUGACGUGGAGGUAAACAAACGCUGAGCCAAUCACAGAGCGGCAGCGGGGUCAGCUGACGGGAGGAGUCGCCAGGAGACGUGUUGUCAAAAUGGCAGGACACGAGCACCAUCACCACCACUUCUCUCUGUGUUUCUGCGAUUUAAUGAGGCUGCUGUGGUCCCUGGUGGUGCCCUGCGCCUACCUCAGCCUCCUCCUCACCCUCGUCCUGCUGCUCCUCCUCCUGGGGCUCCGAGCUUGGCUGCACGGCCGCCGCAAGGCCCGCCGGGCUCAGGACGGCGGCCCGGCGGUGGCUUUCUUCCACCCGUACUGCAACGCUGGAGGAGGCGGGGAGCGGGUCCUGUGGUGCUCCCUGAGGGCCCUCAUGAACCGAUACCCCGGCGUCUCCUUCGUGGUUUACACCGGUGACCAGGGAGUAACCGGCGAGCAGAUUCUGGAAGGAGCCCGGCAGCGUUUCAACAUCACGCUGCCUCGACCCGUCACCUUCAUCUUCCUCCGUCACCGAGUCCUGGUGGAGGCUGCUUCCUACCCUCACUUCACCCUGCUGGGCCAGAGCGCCGGCUCCAUGUUCCUGGGCUGGGAGGCGCUGACGGCCUUCGUUCCUGACCUGUACGUGGACUCCAUGGGCUACGCCUUCACCCUGCCCAUCUUCCGCUACCUGGGAGGCUGCAGGGUGGCGAGUUACGUUCACUAUCCCACCGUCAGCACCGACAUGCUGUCCGUGGUCAGAGAGAGGAACCCGAGAUUCAACAACUCGGACUUCAUCUCCAGAAACCCUGUGCUGAGUGCGAUGAAGGUGGUUUACUACUGCUGCUUCGCCCUGCUGUACGGCCUGGCCGGCUCCUGCAGCGACGUCAUCAUGGUGAACUCCACCUGGACGCUGGGGCACAUCCUGGCCCUGUGGCGCUCGCCCGGUCGCACCAGCGUCGUCUACCCGCCCUGCGACGUCAGGGCCUUCCUGGACGUCCCGCUGGAGGACGAGGACGAGGACGAGGACGACGUGGAGGAGGGCUGGGAGGAGCUGGGACGAGAGGAGGACGAGAGCGGAGGCGGAGACAGGAAGUGCCACUCUGUCGUGUCGGUGGGUCAGUUCAGGCCGGAGAAGGACCACCAGCUGCAGAUCAGGGCGUUUCGCAAACUGCUGGACAGGAAGGGCGACGGGCCCGGGGGCAGGGAGUCUCUGCGGCUGGUGCUGAUCGGAGGAUGCAGGAACCAGGAGGACGAGGACCGGGUGCUGAUGCUGCGAGGACUCUGCCAGGAGCUGGGCGUCGCCGACCGGGUCGACUUCAAACUCAACAUCCCGUUUGAGGAGCUGAAGAGGGAGCUGGUGGACGCCACCAUCGGGCUGCACACCAUGUGGAACGAACACUUCGGCAUCGGUGUGGUGGAGUGUAUGGCUGCAGGAACCAUCGUUCUGGCCCACAAGUCCGGAGGUCCGAAGCUGGACAUCGUGGUUCCGCACGAGGGCCGACAGACGGGCUUCCUGGCCGACAGCGAGGACAGCUACGCCGCCGCCAUGGAGUCCAUCCUGGCGCUGUCGCCGUCGGCCCGACUGGAGAUCCGACGCAGCGCCCGCGACUCCGUCAGUCGCUUCUCCGACCAGGAGUUUGAGGCCUGUUUCCUGUCCGCCACCGAGUCUCUGAUGAGCAAACUGGAGCGAUGAGGAAGAGCAGACGUGACCCGGUGUCCAUCAGCGACCAGGACGUUGUUUGUCUUGUUUUGUUUUUUUAAAAUAGCGCUACACAGAUAAAUGAGGCGGAGCAGAAAAACCCAUAUUUACAUUUAAAACAGCCGAAGCUUACAGUUAAAGUGCAACACGUGGCUCAUUCCCAAUCCAGAGUAAUACAGCAUUAUAGACACAGACUCCUGAUGGACACCCAGAGCUAAAAUACAAUAAAAAAGCAACAAACAACAAAUCCAGGACAUUCCCAGUGACGGUGCAUGUGUCAGACUCACAUGUGGGAGUUGGAAGUAUGACGACUGUUUACCAAACAGAUGGAGACGUUCUGCUGGCAAAGCAAAACCUGACCUCCCUCCUUAAAGCAGAUGCCUUCGCAGCCUAAAUUUAACAAUCACCAUUAAACUGGUUCACACAGCGGAUUAAAACAGACCUCAAGGUUCAGGAAGUUUACCAUUUAAUCACAUUUUCCCCAGUGGGAAGUUAGGAUUUAGGUUGAAAUACCAUUGGGUAAUGUUAGAUGAGAAUAUUGAUUUCGUUUUUGUGAUAUUUGGUCCAGAAACAGUUUAGCAGAGAGAAAAAUGUGUUCCUAACACGUCUGAUUUACAUGUUGUAUGUUGUUUGCAGUAAACAACCAGAAACAGUUUUUUGUGUCCAGAUAAAUAGUGCAAAUUUUGACAGAAUUUCCAGAAAAUGGUCAAAUGAAAAUGUGAAUUAAUUCACAUUCCGAUCCACUUGUGUUGAUUGAGCUAAAUCCAGUUUGGAGAUUGAAAGACCUCCAGUCAAAGUUCAAAUAAUUGGAAAAAAUGCCAAAAACAUUAUUGAAAUGUGGCAUUUUAGUUAAUUUUAUGAAUUAAAAAGAGACAAAUUACAGCCAGCUCAUUACUUCAUACAGAUCUGAUGUUUCUGAGUGAAGUUUGUCACGUUUCAUGCAUGUCAUCAUUUCUUUACUGUUUUAAUUAUUUUUUUUUGUACAGAUGAUGAACAGUGCAACCUUUUUUGCAGUUAUUUUUCUGUUUCUACACAUCUAAGAACACAGUUUACACGUAAAUCAGACCGUUUCGGAACAUUUUCCUCUUUUGAUGGACGCUAAGAGUUGAGACUGAUUUUGAGAGGAGUUUAAUAUAAUAAGAGUUGAAGAGUUACAUUCCAAGCUGCAAAAUGUUUGCCAGCAAAAAGGUGAUUUUAUGUCACAUUUAUAUCGACAUGACUUUGAUUGAUUAUACUUUUGUUUUUCCAGUGAUGUCAAUUUACUGACUGAAUCCUAAAUAGACAUGAAGAUGUUUGAAAUGUCAUUUUUGUUAUUUUUUUUCUGUCUGAGGAAGUUUGUUAAGUGAAUAGUUUUAAUUUAAUGCUUUCUGUGUUCACAAGAAGUAUUUAAAAGCACAGUGUGUUUGGGUUAAGAUAACGGCCAAAUCUGUUUUAUUUAAAUGUUGUUUCACUAUUCUGCAUUCCUGUUUGUGAUGAGGUCCAGGCAUGGAAAUAGGAUUAUAUGUAAAGAGUUAUUAUUCAAGUAAAUAUCUUUUAUUUUCAAAGAGGCAUUAGUUCUAUUUAAAUCUGUCCAUGUAUAGAGGAUGUUUGGAGUUAGUUUCACUGAGAAACUGAAGUUACACUUAAACAAUACUGCAAUAAAUGCAAUCAUCAAACA